AUGGCGGGCCAUGGCACUCCUGUAUUGGAUCGCUUCCUAGCAGGAAUUGCUGAUCUCGUGAAAGAGCGCGAUGGAGCCAAGCUCCAGGAUUUCUUGCAGAUCGAACCUCCUCUUCCCGACGUGUACCGACAGAUGGUGGACGAGCUGCGACAACAAUACCCGAGCGGAUCGCCAAAAGAAGGAAACCUGUUGCGACGAUGCGAAGAAGUUGUGCCGCGUACCAAAGGAGCUAGCUCGUGGGCAGCCUUCCCUACAUUCAUGAAGCUAUAUUUCAGCUUCCUUCGCGAUGUCAACGUCGACAACCUCCUCGAGACGUAUAACCUACUCAAAGGACUUCUCAACCAAUGCGUCAUAGCUCUCGGCGACAGUCAGAUGGGUGUGAUAGUGCUACCGACCGUCCUCUAUUUGUCCAAAGUCCUUGCAAAGUUAGCAAUGGGUCUGGACCGUCGGCCGGAAUUGAUUGCACACUUGUUGAGGCAGGAGGGUAGUUCGAACCAGGAAGAAAGCGUUGAAAAAGUCACCCUCGUGGAGCGGUCUGCAAAUGUCGUCCGUGAAGCCUUCAUCAAGUGCCUUACCGAUCGUAGCGGCACUCCAGGGAUUCAUGGAAAGCCCGAAGGCAAGCGAGUGGGCAUAUAUCUUAUGGCCAAUCUGUGCUUGAAACUACUCUUUCAGUGCGGCAAGCUGCGAAACGCGGAACAAAUGUUCGCCAGCAUCAGUGCCCAGUCCCCGCCUCUGAAGUACUUCCCGGCUUCUCAGCGAGUCACUUAUCUCUACUACCUUGGACGAUAUUUGUUCUCCAACAACCUCUUCUAUCCGGCGCAGAUUGCGCUGCAAGCUGCCUAUGACCAGUGUCACCGCCAGGCUGUCGGUCAGAAACGUAUGAUUCUCACGUACCUUAUCCCAUGCAACAUCAUCAUGGGCCGCUUUCCUUCAUUGCAACUCUUGCAAAGACCAGAAUGCGAAGGACUCGCCGAGCGAUUCAUCCCAAUUUGCCAAUUGAUCGUUCGUGGGGACUACAUUGCCUUCCGAGAGCACCUGGCAGUGGACUCGCCGACGACUGAAUGGUAUGCAAAGCGAGGCAUCUUGCUUCCCUUGCGGAAUCGAUGUGAGAUUUUAGUUUGGCGGUCAUUAGCGCGUAAGGUGUUUAUUCAUGCCGGCUUCCAUGGGGAUCCUCAAGCGCAAUCCCAGCGCGGACCGCCGCCCUAUCUUUACUUGAGCAAACUGGAAACGGCUGUGCGAUGGCUGCAAUCGCAACAUACUCAGGCAUCCCUCGGAGCUAUCGGAGUUAUACAGCCCAGCAGAGUGCAGGACGCAAAGGCUGCUAGCAAUAGCGCCGGGUCGCAGAUCGUCUUUAAGGUAUUGGAUCCGGACUUCACUGGAGUGAGUGGCGUGGAUGCCGGUGAGCUGGAGUCUGCCGCUACCUUGCAAUCCAAGUAUGGGGAUUAUCUUGCUCCAGACGGAUACUUUGAUGCUCUGGGCCGAUGGCAAGACAAUCCGACGGGCGCCUUGACGGAUGGUGAAAUAGAUGCAGACUACAGUCAAUUUGAGCUAGAUCCGUACGCUCACCAUCUAGAUCAAGGGCACGAAAAGCCAACACUUAUGAUGCGCGAGCUCGAGUCCAUUCUUGCAUCGCUCCUGACUCAAGGUCUCAUGCGCGGAUACCUUACGCACAGGAACCCUCGGUUUGCGAUUCCUGGUGCACGACUUCGUGGUGCCUUGCCUACUGGCUUUCCAAACGUUUGGCAAACAAUCUCUGCACGGGAAGGAGAAGAUGAUACUGUGCCUGGAUGGGUGCAGCCCCCGUCACCGAUGGCAUCUCAGUUUGCUGCUGCUGCUGCCGGCGGCGGUGGAAGAGUCGUGAACUUGUCUGGUGCGCGCCCAGUUGGAGUUCAGUGA